AUGGUGGGUUGGCCUCUCUACGCUGAGCAGGAAUUGAAUUGCUUGGUUUUGGUGGAGGAAAUGAAGCUGGGUAUAGCGGUGGAUAAGUCAGAUGGGUUGGUGACGGCGGAGGAAGUUGAGAGAGUGAUCGGAGAGUUGAUGAACUCGGCGGAGGGAGAGGCAAUGAGGAAGCGGAGUGCGGCGGCGAAAGCCAUGGCGUCAGCCGCCUGGGAGGCUUGUGGGUCGUCUCUGAAUAAUUUUUCCGGCUUGGUGGGUUCGUGGAAGCAGAA